AUGCUGAAGAAAAAGGUUUUGUUUCUUGCUGAACCUAACCAGGACUUGCCUGAGUAUCGUCAUUUCCAACACUUGUAUGAGUGUAUUCCAUACCAAUUGACCACCAGUGAAAAACUCAUAGAGGAUUUCAAAACGUCUUUGAAAGACAUCGAAGCCAUCUAUGCCGCCUGGCUCGGAUUUAUUCCUCUUGGAGGGUUUGCUAAUGAAAUCUUGGCCAAUUCUCCUCCCAACUUGAAAAUUAUUUCUGUUUGCUCUGUUGGUUACGACGGUUUUGACGAAACGGCUAUGGCCGAAAAGGGACUCAUUUUAACCAAUGUUCCCUCAUCGGGAGCUGCCGAGCCCGUGGCUGAUUUGGUGCUUUUCAAUGCUUUGCAAGCGUUUAGGAACUUUGGCUUUUGCACCCAAAUUUUCAAUGGUGAAUUGAACAAUUCCAUGUAUAUCAGAAGACGGUUGCAAGACGGUGAGUUCGAUACCAGUUCGGGUAAGCUUCAAUUGGGCAAUGGAUCCACUCAUGCCUUUGGUCAAUCGUCAGCUGGAAGACCCAACAUUAGUCCAGCAGGACAUACUGUGGUGAUAGUUGGUUUUGGAAGAAUUGGACAAACCAUAGGCUCGAGGUUGCAUGGCAUUGGUAUGAAAAUUGCCUAUGUAAAGCGCACCAAAUUGACCACAGUUCACGAACAGCAAUUACGGUAUCCAGUUACAUAUUACAAGACCCUUGCUGAUGCCAAAGAUGUGGCAGAUUUGGUGGUAAUUGCUUGUCCUGGAACCGCCGAAACCAAGCAUUUGGUUAAUGCCAAUGUGAUCAAUGCCAUUUCCAAGCCGUUCAGAAUUAUCAAUGUAGGAAGAGGUACCGUUAUUGAUGAGCAGGCAUUGGUGGAUGGUCUCAAGUCAGGUAAGGUUUUGUUUGCUGGACUUGAUGUUUUUGAGUCGGAACCUAAAGUUCAUCCUGAACUAUUUGGUCGUCCUGAUGUUGUGCUCACACCGCACAUUGGAGCUUCUACAAUGGAGAAUUUUGACCACACAGCAGAGGUAUCGUUGAAAAACAUUGACCAUGUUUUGAGCGGAAAAGAGCCAUUGACGAGAGUAAACUAG